AUGUGGAAACUGACGUUAGGCGUCGCCGUUGCGGCGGGCAUGGCCACGGCCAGCUUCGUCGCGACCGACGUGCAGGCACAGGACGACGGCGUCUGGUGGCCGGCAAAAGUGGAAAUCUACAACCCGUCCUGCACCGACGGAGAUCCGGCGUGCUGGACCGAUCCAGCCAACCAGAACCUCGACGUCGUGGACUACGUGCCGCUGAUGCCCGAUGAGGUGGAUGCCAAGCACCAUAUCUGCGUGUCCUUCCCCCACCUCGUGGACUCCUACUGGGUCGGCGCGGCCUACGGGAUCAUCGAGGAAGGCACGCGCCUCGGCCAGAAGAUCUCCCUGAUCGAAGCCGGCGGCUACGACAAGCUGGAGAAGCAGCUCUCGCAGGUCGAGGACUGCAUCGCGAACGGCGCCGAGAUCCUCGUACUUUCCGCCAUUUCCGCCGAGGGCAACAUCAAGCAGGUCAACGAGUUGCGUGCCAGGGGCAUCCCGAUUGUCGACCUGAUCAACGGGAUCAACACCGAGGUCGAUGCCAAGUCGCUGGAGAGCUACUACAGCAUGGGUCGCAUCGCCUGUAAGUGGAUCGCCGAUCAGCACCCAGCAGGCAGCGGCGCUGUCAAGCUGGCCUGGUUCCCGGGACCGCCCGGAGCCAGUUGGUCGGUCGCCGGCAAUCAGGGCUGCCACGACGCGGUCGUGGGCUCCGACGCCGAGAUCAUCUCGACCAAGUGGGCCCAGACCAGCAAGGAGGCCCAGCUCAGCCUCGUCGAGAACGUGAUCCAGGCGCAGACCUCGGGCGACGACGUCGAUCUCGACUACAUCGUCGGCGUGGCGCCGGCGGUCGAGGGCGGCAUGGCCGCGCUCCGCGACCUGGGCCUGCAGGACGAGAUCAAGCUCGUCUCCUACUACUACACGCCCGGCAUGCAUCAGUUCGUCGGCCGCGGCAGCGUCGCCAUGGCGCCGACCGACCAGAUGAUCAUCCAGGCGCGGAUCUCCAUCGACCAGGCGGUCCGCAUCCUCGAGGGCAAGCCGUCGGCGACCGGCGGACGGCCCGAGUUCAACGACACCGGCCGGAUGAUCGAGCAUGUGCAGCCGGUUGCGGCGAUGGUGACGCCGGAGAACCACGGGGACUUCGAUACCUCCACGACGCUCGCGCCGAAGGGCUGGAGCCCCGUGUUCAGCACUGACUGA